AUCACCACUGGAGAUGCACGCCGCUUAAAAGCUCAGCUGACACUCUGCGAACACUGCCGAACUAGGGGCGUCUUCCACAAGUAGGCUCACACUGGAGAAAACCAAGACGAUAAUGGUCAACAAGUCUUCCUUUACCACUUGAUUUUUCCCGCAUUGUGUUUGUAUCUGGAUUAAGUUUCCACGUCAUUUCGAGGGACGCGGUCGGUGUGGGGAAACAUGAGGAUAACUGUCUGUUCCCGAGGAUGAUGAUGGUCCACAAUGAACGCAGAUUUUCAAAAUCCAAUGCAAGUCCCUCGACCACAGGUUCGCAGUCAUCUGACCAUCAAAGUGCAGUCCAAACUGAUGUCCAGGCCGUGUCUCCCUGUCCGUGGUCCAAAACCUCCUGUCGCCCCAAAGCCCAGACCCCUGUAUGAGCCUCACACACAAGAGGAGCUCUGCCCCCCACAGAGCCUGAGUAACGGAGACCUGGCUCACUGUGAUGGGGAGACAGAAGAUUUGCAGGAAAUGGCUGAGGAGAAUCAGGACAAAGAGGAGAAAAGUGAGGCAGAGGACUGGGUUAAUGGCCGUGGCACCGGACACAAUGACGAAGAGGAAAUAGCAGAAAGAGAAACUGAGGACGAAACAGAAAAAGAAGAAGACAUAUUUGAUAAUGAUGGCGACAGCAUAGGCUCUCAGGACACAGUCAAAGCAGAUGAUGGUUCUCCUGAUGACACUACUGAGGAUGAAAACACUGACAAUGACUUGAACCAGCCUGAAGGUGGCAAUCACACUGAUGAAAUGGAGGAUGAAACAGGAGAGGAGGCAGAAGAGGAGGAACAGAGUUUUAGUGAAAAAAUUGAAAUUGUUUGUGACUCUACAGGACACUCAGACGAACAAAAUCUUGAUCACAUCAGUCAGGGUGAUAAGGACAAUGACACUGGACGUAAUGAAGUUGACAGUGAACAAAGUGAGGACUGUGUGCACUCUGAUUUACACACAGAUGAGACCGAGCUGGAAGCUGGAGGAUUUGCAUUUAGAUUCAGCAUGCUUCCAACUGUAACUGAAGAGUAUCCCUAUGAUGUGAUUGGCCCCACAGAUGAUGCUAGUGAUACAUGUGAGUCAUGUGACACAGCUGAAACAGGGGAAACAGGGGUAUGGCAACCAGAACGGGCCACCAAGGACCUCUCUGGCUGUUUUCGAUUCACAUCCAGCACUGAGGAUGUGUUUGGGCCUUAUGCAGUCAUUGAAGCUGUUCUGCCAGAUAUGACUGGCACCGCUGAUCCAGAGUGGAGUCAGGAUGAUCCGGAUGAGAAACCUUCAAAUGAACUGCAAGCAGCAGGUGCUUCUAACCAGGAACCUUACUAUGUGUCAUCAGAUGACGUGGAAAAGCUAGAGGAUAAGCAAGCCCUGUCAGAACAGGGUGAGAUUGAGGAAGGCACAGAGGAGUUGAAUCAACACAAAGACAAAGCAAAAGACAGUGAGUCAACAGAUGAGUAUGCAAACAUUGACGAUUCCCUCUGCCUUCAAGCAGAGGAUGAGCGGUUGGAAUGUGUCUCAUCGGAAGACUAUGUCGAGAUAGGCGAUGAUGACGAAGAGGAAGAAACAGAAAAGAAACAUAUCAAAGGAAAAACUGCAAAAGAGAGAACAGCUAAACGAGAGCAGGCUUUCCUCAGCCAGCGAUCAAGCUGCCAGCCUCGCCUCAGGUUGUGCAACAUCACAGUGCCAGCAGACCUAGAAGUAGGCCGCACCCCUGAGCUCACCAACAGGGUGGUGUUUGCCCACACCACUGAGGCCUUUGAAGAAGACAUUGAGGAACUAGACUGCCAUAUUGUGCCUUACUAUGAGGACACAGACUCGGACAGUGAAGAGCAUAUAUACGAAGAGGCAGGGUUUGACUCAGAAGGGGAGAACUUUGUGACACUUGAUCGGAAGACUAUAGUCACCCGAUCACGCUCUUAUUCUGGGAAAGUUACGGGUUAUGUCCCAGAAACUGUGCCAGAGGAGACAGGGACAGAGUACCAGACUCAUGACUACUGCACAGUGGCCUUAGAUAAAAACAGUGAACCACUAAGCCAUUCACAGCCGCCUGGGGUCAACUGUUUAAUCCCGUCUAUGAAGUCUCGCCGCUUCUUGUUUUAUUCCCGGUCUGCAGAGGGUCCAGAAUUGACAUUGACCACUCCCACAGAGAUCAACAACUCUCUGAAGGAUGACAUCAGGAUGAAGAGGAAAGAUGAUACUCUUUCACUCCCAUGUGUCAUAAGCUCUUCUGGAAGUUUUUCCCAGCGUAGCCAUCGAUCAUCCAGUGGGGUUUCCACACCAACCUCUCUAGUGGACAUCCCACCACCCUUUGAGCUGGCAUACAUCACUAAAAGACCAGUCACCAAGAGUUCCCCAUCCCUCCUGAUCCAGCAUGAACCCAAUGACAUACCUAAAAAGAAGUCCUCCUUCAAGCGCUUCCUGGCGCUCAAGUUCAAGAGGAAGACUGAUUCGAAGGGUUUCAGUGAUGGAAGCGUCCGCUCUUCACGAUCUUCCUCAGAGUCCAGCCAUCACGGCCCAGCAAGAUUCAUAGAGCUUGAUUGCAGAAGCACUGGCAGCUCUCCUCAGCUUCAGUCCCAUAUUGUGAACCCCCAGCAGCGUCCUUUAGACCUGCCAUCCCCAUUUUUCCUCCACAAAGACCACCAGAGGAGAAAAGGAGACCUCAAAGCUUAUGGCAGAGGCGUCUCCAGAGUGGAGUCCUUCGAGGAGCGUUCUCGGCGCUCCGCCAUGCCACUGCCUUUGACCAAACCCCGCUCCAUCUCCUUCCCCAGUGCGGACACUUCAGACUAUGAAAACAUCCCAGCCAUGAGCUCAGACUAUGAGAACAUCCAGAUCCCAGGCAGACCCACCAGGUCCCACACUGUCACUGAGUUUUUUGAGGACCCAAAUCGCACUACAGUUGCCUGCAAUGAGAAUGAUGGCUAUGUGGAUAUGAAUAGUUUCCCUGGGAUUGACAGCAUAACCCAGACAUCGAAUGCAGACUCUGAAAGUGCCUACACAGAGCCUUUCCCAUUGAACCCCGUCUCUGCUGGGCUGUCAGCGGACGAGGACCACGGGCGUACUUCAGAGGAGGAAGAGGGGGUGGCUGAGCAGAGUUAUGAUCGACAGAUUGAUGGCCGAUCCCGAGCUUUCUACGUUGCCAAAGAGCUCGUCGACUCAGAGAGACUACACGUCAGUGCACUCAAGUACCUUCAAGAGGACUUUAGGUCAGCAGUGACAGAGGCAGUGGGUGAGGAAAGGGAGCCUGUGCUGGAGGCGCAGAAGUUAGGAGAGAUAUUGGGCGUGCUCCCCCAGGUCUACGCUCUCCACAGCAGCAUCCUUACUGAGCUGGAGGAACGCAUAAGUCAGUGGGAGGAGAGCCAAAGGAUAGUAGAUGUGAUUCUGUCACGUCGGGAGGACUUUGGGGUGUUUGACACCUUUAUCUCAGAGUAUGAUCGCAGCAUGUCCCUACUGGAGGGGAGCUGCAGUGACAACCAGGCCUUCGCCAACAUCGUCAAGACAUUUGAGAGAAGAAGCCCAGAAGAAGCUGAAGUCCCACUGAAACACCAGCUGCUGCAGGUUAUAGCGAGAGUCCUUCAAUAUCGAAUGCUACUCACAGAUUACCUGAACAACCUCUCUCCUGAUUCUAAAGAAUACGAGGACACACAAGCUGCCUUGGUGAUUGUGUCCGAGGUGGCAGACCAGGCCAAUGACAAUCUAAAACAGGGGGAGAACUUGCUGCGUCUGGUCCACAUAGAGUACAGCGUGAAGGGCAAGAGGGACCUCCUGAAGCCCGGAAGGAUGUUUGUCAAAGAGGGCACACUCAUGAAGGUCUCGAGGAAGAGCAGGCAGCCCCGACACCUGUUUCUGAUGAACGAUAUAAUGCUGUACACCUACCCUCAGCAGGAUGGAAAAUACAGGCUUAAGAACACACUUUCUCUCUCUGGGAUGAAGGUGAGCAAACCUGUCCUAGACAACGUGCUGAACUGUCUUAGGAUUGAGGUGUCCGACAUCACUAUUACACUUUCAGCCAGUUCAGUUGGAGAGAGGGAGGACUGGUUCCACACAUUGAGUCGAGCCAUAGCAGACCACGCUGCAGGGCUCUGUACGUUUGGUGGUCCUUGCAGUGAGGCCCGUGAGAAGCUGUGGAUGGCCCUGGGUGAGGCUGCUCCUGUACUGGUGCCAGUUUCUCAUGUGAUGAUGUGCAUGAACUGUACCUCUGACUUUAGCCUCACGCUGAGACGACACCACUGCAACGCCUGUGGCAAGGUGGUGUGUCGUGCUUGUUCCAGGAACAGAUACCCACUGAAGUACCUCAAAGACAGGGUUGCCAAAGUGUGUGACCACUGCUAUGCCGAGCUCAGGAAAAAAGGUGGCAGCGUGUCGGGGGCGUGCGGUAACUCCAGCCCUCGGACUCACCGGGCCAGCCGUCCCCUCUCUGCUGUCUUCCAGAGCCUGCAGCCCCCGAGUUUGUGGAAGAGCAGGAAGAGCACCUCCCCUCUCAACCAGGUGUCGCUUACUGUGGAGGGCUCCACCAUGAGCGGCAGCCUGCAGCGCCGGAAGAAGAGCAAGAGGAAGUGGAAGCGACUAUGGUUCCUCCUCAAAGACAAGGUGCUCUACACCUUCACAGCCCGUGAGGAUAAAGUUGCCUCAGAGAGUCUACCUCUGCAGGGCUUCACCGUCAAGCUGACAGAAGGAGGAGAAAGCAGCAAUGUGUUCCAUCUAUACCACAAGAAAACCCUUUACUAUACAUUUAGGGCUGAUGAUCCAAACACCGCUCGCAGAUGGGUCAAUGCCAUGGAGGAGGCUACUGUUUUAUAGCACCUGCUCAGUUAAAUGAACACGCCCUGCUGUCUGUGACUGCUAGAACUCCUCCGUGGAGCGCAACAAAGCUACCUGCUGCUUCUGAACUCAGACCAUCAGUAAGAAUUCAUCACAUCUGACCUGUUGUUGUGGAAUAUUAUGUGAAAAUGUAGUCACCAGAGGGAUCUUAGACAAGCCUGCCACCCAAUGGUAGGAAGGUAAAAGUGGGGGAUGACGCUAUGUGGAAGGGAGCAGUGGAAACCUCUUGUUGGAGUAUGAUCUAACAUAUGAAGACGCUAUGGUUUCCAAUGCGCUGAUCCAGCCGAGUUCACAGAAGCCUUCACUUUUUAGGUUCAGCUUGGAUACAUAAAAUGCUUCAUCCAAAAGAACAUUUUAUUCCCUCUGUUUCACCUUUUUAAAAGGACCAUCCCACACACAAAACAAGUUCUCCAAGUCAACUCUUUUCUUUUUCUGUCUAUUACCUGAGGUUCCACUGGAUUCCACUCUUUUUGUUCUGGAGGAGAACGUCACAUCCUUCAUUUUUCUAUGUGAGACAGUUACAGCCUGUGUGCUGUGAUGAGUAUAACCUCACAUAUAAACUUUGCUCCAUACUGUGGUAGUAUUCGCAGCUAGUAAAAGGGAAAUAUUGCUCACCGUUUUAGAGAGACAUUUGGUAUUCUGAAUAUAUAUUAUGAAAUAUACACUGCAGAUAUUGAAGUGAAUUAUAGGAUUUGCUUGUAUAGAAAAAAAGUAUGUUCUGAGUAAGAGGUCUUAAUCUUAAUCAUCCCAGUGUGUGUACAUUAUAUUUCUUGUGGAGUUUUACACAGCGUUGCUAUUAUGUUGAACCUACACAGCUAUGGAAUGACCCUCAGCAUGACACCCAGUCAACAGUAUUUCUAAGGAUGAACACUAUCAAAGAUACUUUGUAUUUGAAUCUGUAGGCUUUGAAAAAGAAAAAUGUCAGUUCUGAUGUGCUAACUGAUUUCUUCCAGUUGAAUGCAGCGCAAUUUGUAAUUGAUGAUGAAUGUGCCCUUACAUGAAAUUGUACUCCUUGUCCGUCUUUAUACUAUCAAAGUACUGUACUAAGGUCAUGUCUCCAGAAGAGACCUUGAGAAACAUUCACUUUUUUUUUAUCUACUCUUAUAUACGUUGUUUCUGUUUCAGCCCAGUAACAUAAGAAUAUACUAUUGUGCCAUUUUUAUUAAUGCCUUGUUCACGCUGUAUAUACACUGCUGAAUAAAAUCACACUUUAAACACUUGGACUUAAUGGAAACGGCUAGGAUAAAAAAGCCAUUUUCAUACUACCUAUAAACUGCCAGUGUUAAGAGUCAUCUGAGCCACUCAUGUCUACAGCAGUAGGAUGGAUACUGAAAUGUCACUCUUCUCUACUGUUCUAACAUAAUCUGGCAUCCAUAGUUUCUCUUAACUCAGCUCCAUUCGGAAUGCAGCUGUACUACAUGUGAUUUUUUUUUUUAUCCGUCAAACUACAUUAUUUCUAAAGCACACAUUUGUUCAUCACGUACUGUUCAGCUUUUCUACCUGUUUCUUAUGUGCCAUACUUAUAGUGUUAUUAUGGAUUGUACCUCUUGCAUAUAGUGCAUUGUAAAUGUUCAUGUAUAUAGAUACAAUAUACAAAAAUAAACUCCUUCAAAACGUU